AUGGAUGAUAUACCCGAUCUCCCUGAGCCGGAGUGCGGCCAUUUAGUAGACCAAUUUAAUCGCAUUCUGAUCGACAUUAAGCUUCUUGAUUCUGUAUCAGCAACGUCUGGCGGUGGUUCCUCCGGAUCGACACCCUCAAAAGGAACUCGGACGAUCAAGAGAAGUAACACUGCUGCAAUUUCCGAUAACAACGACUGCUCCUGGCCCCAAAUCACCGACGAAGCCUCGGCGUCAGUAGCCACCCGAGUUGCCAUGAUUCUUUUCCUCCUGAGCAAGAAUGUUCUGGGCGGACUUUCGGACCACACACGUAUAUUACGUUUGUAUCCUCGACCUGUGGUAGCCCUCCAAUUCGAAAAUUUCAUGAAAUCCCGACCGAGACCUUGUCUCUUCACGAGUAUGUUGGCGAAAACACAGGCUGUGGAGUACUUUGCUGAAUCUGGCAUAUAUUCCCAAAACGAUGCUUACCAGCGUAUCGAAGCAGGCGAACGUUCUCCUGCACUAAUUGGCGACAAGCCACAGUGGUUCGCAGAUCUCUUGACUCCGAUAUCAAUCGAUGUGGGCCCCGAAAUCUCUUCACAAAGUAGAAUUUCAAGUGAUACGGAGACUGAAAGCGGCUCGACCUCCCCCAUUUCCAUGCCUAGCUCUUUUAUUUCAGAUCACUUGGGUUGUGAUAUUGCAGACCCUUCAUCAGAGCUUCAUUCGGACCACUCUUUCCACUGUGACGACUCCUACGCGGCUAGGAGCACCUCUUCUUUAACCCAAGAGGUUCAGCUGCAAUCUGUGGAAUCCGCGUUUGUUCGCCCUGGCGUCUCACUGCCACCCGCCUUGGCUUCACAAUUUCACCCGCCAACACAAAUGGUGUUAUCGGCGCCUUCGCUUAGUCCACAGUCUCCGGAUCACAGUGAGACAAUCGAUUUGGUUCAUUCACUUCGGAAAACCUGUCCGGACGAUGAUAUUCCGCUAACUGCAAAUCAACUUGACAACGCAUCUCACAAGCGGCAUAGCGGGUCACCCUUUCCUACCCUCUCGACUGGACAAACAUUACGCACUUUGAGAAGACUUUCUUUGUCCGCACUCUCCGGCGAGACCCCAUUCAACGGUAGGGACGACAGACGACCCAGCCAAAUGAUCAACUGGAAUUCCCCGCUUUCAGUACUACUGGGUAGUGUUUUCAAUUUAGCUAACCCUGGGACGGACACGUCGACGAAAUCGGUGUCUAUCGUCAAGGAAUCUAAAAGGAGAAUUGAAGAGGAGCGCUAUCUAGAUCAUGUGGCGCAUUUGAUCAAGCAAGGCGAAACUCCAGGGAUAUUCUCGCGCAAUUACAUCACAUCUUUGUUUGAGCUUGAAAGCAAUCGGAACUUACUACUCUCCCGACUAAAUAUGACCUAUUCGGAUUAUUCUGCAAAGCAGCUGAAUGCACACGAACUGAAAGAUGUGGCUAUAGCUACGUGGAAUCAGUACAAGGCAAUGGUUUGGGUCCUGCGGAAAAUCUCUUCCGGUAUUGCACACAGUCUUCGGCCAGAUUUGGUUGUACCCACCCCUGGAGCUGUUCGUGCGGACGGCGCUCAUUCUCCUACACUUAACCCUGCUGGUGGUCAGUCAAGACCUUCAGGCGGUCUGGCUUCGGCAUUUUGUCUUCUGGAGAUCGCACACACACAUUACUUCCCACUUCCAACACGUCAAGUGCAACGGCCACAGUCCGUGGCGCCUGAUUUUCAGAACGAAAAAUCAAGUACUAGCCUCCCUACAGCACAAUCCACUGAAGUUCGGUCACCAGUGGAUGACAGGACUCCAGAUGUUGGUGGGCUUCCGAGCACGUCAGGUGGGAAUUCUGCCACGGGGUACAUGAAGUUUGAUCAGAACAAUCAAUAUAACGACCUUACAACUGAAUCCUCUUCAAAGACACAAGCCCAUUCGUCAGACGCCGGUUUGACAGAUAAACUGAGUGACGACUCGUCUGAACUACAAUCAUCCGGUGAUUCGUCUUUUGUGCGUUCAAAGGCUGUCAAAAUAUUUAUCGAUGACUCUAUCUUCGGCGAACCAAAAAGUGCUCGAAGUAGGGGAUAUUGUUACCGACAAUCCAAGCUUUUUAUCUCCCCAUACUUCUCCCGCACUGUGGAAUCUGUAUCGAAUGCCGUUGGCCGUUCUUCCUUUGGAGUUUCAACCUCUACACAAACGGAUCGUGAUGCACUAACAUCUACCUCUCAACCUGGUACCGGCGCAAGGGUUCGUCGUACAUAUUUGUUCGAAGACCUACUUACCGAUUAUAACACUCGAUCCAAGCUAUGGGAGAAUCUGCAGUUCUGGGAAGACGCUUUUUUGGAUGCAGUUGCUCAAGAGCGAGAUAUGCAUGGCAUGGACUUCCACCCUAUGGAGUUAUUAGCCCGAUACAACACCUCCUCUCCGCUAAAGCGCAAGCAUUUAGAAAUGGAAGAAGACAGACUGCUGACUGGAUUGAUGCACAACAUGAUCGCGUUCAUGGUGAUGGUUGAUGUCGAUCGGACGGAUAUCCGCCGAAAGAUUCGCCGUCUACUCGCUAAGAGUCAUAUGGGCCUCCAUCAUUCGCAAGAGAUCACCAACCUGUUGGAUGUAUUGGAUUUUCUACACGGAAACGACGUAGAUCUGAAGCCCCUACAGAGCAGAUCCAUACCGAGCCGUUCCUAUGAGGUAUAUGCUGAAAGCGAUACGGCAGGUCAGCCCUUGUUUAUCGAAGUAUGUGAGGACUAUUUACUUUUGCGCAAUCUUUUGGGUGGCAUACUCGAACGAUGGUGGUAUGAUCAACUGAUCAAUUUGUCCUUUCGGCAGCAAACUCACCUCCUGUGUAUAUCCGUCCGUUCUAAUGAGCAAUCUUCCCUAAACAUAUUCUAUACCAACAAGUGCCAGACGCUUUACCAAGAGAUUCGAUCAGCAAUGCAGAAAACUCCCAUUAAAAUCCCUCAUGAAAGUGCCGACCUGAAGGGUGAAAUCGAUGUGAUCAAUCUUGAUAGCAGCUGCCCGGGAACCAUCCGACUGUGCACUGACGGGUUCUCUAUGCGUUUCAAUGACCAAGAGAAUUUAAUUCCGGUUCCCUGCAUAAAGCGCUGCAGCACCCCACAGCAUGAUUUAUUCAUGAUUGAGUACUUCGACUCACAUGAAAAGCGCCUACAAACAUUGAGGCUGCAGACUGAUGUGGCUACUAACUUACUGUACCACUUUCAUGUCCUGAUCGCCGACUUCUCCACUAGACUAUUGACCUCUCAAGCCUCCCGAUCGUCUCGCGUGUCUUCUAUCACCUCCAAGCAUCCGUCUACUUGCUCUAUGUCGUGUUUGAGCGACGACGCCAACUGAAGCUUCGGACUCCAAUCUCCUCGUGAUUCUUUUGCAGCCUGACAUACCGGCACCCAUGAGCCUUCCACUCACACUGCUAUCAGACUCUGUCAGACUCUUUGUUUUUUCGGACCUUUGGUGGAGAUGUUGAGUUGUGCUUUCUCAUCCCUAUUUCUCCUUCUCUUGUUGUCAUUUACAUCAAUCCUCACUUCGCAGUACGUCUUACUUGACUCUAGUAAUGUCCAUUUCCUAUCUGGGUAUGCUUUCGUUAUUUUUCUGAUCGCCUACAUUUUCUUAACGCCGUCCUGACUAGUAACUUUUGCUCAAUGUGUGUCUUCUGUUUGUGCCUGUCACACGUACGCAUAAACGUCUGUAUGCUUCCCAACCAUUCCCGUUCACCCUCUCAGAAUCGCGUCCGUCACCUGUAAUUUUUGUCCACGGUAGCCCUUCUUUUGGCGUCUGCCAAGUCUUUCGUAUACAUUCCUCUUUGUUAUCUGACAUUGGACUUUGUGUUGUGUCACAACUGCAUUGUACAAACAGCAAUUGGCCAACUUAUCUUCCACCGAGCC